ACGAUCCGAACUCCGGGCCUCGCGAUCCCCAUCUCUCUCAAUCUCGUUCGCUCGAGAUCUCCUUCCAGUUCCUCUCGCUCCCCUGAGUCCUAAAGGCGAAAGGAGGCGCUUCAGAACGAAGAGAUCUGGUGUUGGACUCGGAGGAGCCUCGGAGAAGGAAAUCGGGAGACGGGUUGAUUCAAAUGUAAUUCCCCCCUUGAAAAUCUACACAAAUCAUGGAAGUUAUUAGAGUUCAUGUGGUUGUCCUGUAAAAGAGGAAUGGUCCUGAUAGGGAUGAUGUAAACGGCUAACACCACCAGAGUUAAGCAACUUAUAUUCUUUCAACUAUACAAACAUCUGUUCUCUACCUUGGUUGGACUGCUGUAGAGACCUGCAGAGGGACUAGACUUUACAAGAAGGCUUUUGUUUGAAGAUGUCUGAUGAUACUAAGACUCUGAAGAACGAUUCUUCAAGUAGUACAGAUGAAGCUUCUUCCACAUCAAAAAAUGAAGUGACAUGGAAUCACAAACUCGUAAAUUUGGCACAGCAAGCAUCGGUAUAUGGGGUAGCUGCUGGAUACUGCAUAUCGGCAUCACUCCUUUCCAUAAUCAACAAAUGGGCAGUCAUAAAAUUUCCGUACCCAGGUGCUUUGACUGCCUUGCAAUAUUUCACCAGCGCAUUUGGAGUUCUAAUGUGCGGAUGGCUGAAACUUGUGGACCAUGACCCUCUUGACAUCAAGACCAUGUGGAAGUUCUUACCUGCUGCUAUCAUCUUCUACCUCUCUCUCUUCACGAAUAGUGAACUACUUCUCCAUGCCAAUGUGGAUACUUUCAUUGUGUUCCGUUCUGCUGUUCCAAUAUUUGUAGCCAUUGGAGAGACACUCUACCUGAAGCAGCCAUUGCCUUCACUUCAGACGUGGAUUUCCCUUGCUACAAUCUUUGGAGGCAGUGUGAUCUAUGUCCUGACAGAUUACCAAUUCACUGUGAUUGCAUAUAGUUGGGCUUUAGCUUAUCUUACAAGCAUGUCAAUAGAUUUCGUGUACAUUAAGCAUGUCGUCAUGACCAUAGGGCUUAACACAUGGGGCCUGGUGCUCUACAACAACCUGGAAGCACUGAUGCUGUUUCCCCUGGAGCUGCUGAUAAUGGGAGAGCUCAAGAAGAUAAAGCAUGAGAUCUCUGAUGAAUCUGACUGGUACUCAUUCGGCGUGGUUUUGCCUGUGGCUCUGUCAUGCUUGUUUGGUUUAUCCAUAUCCUUUUUUGGGUUCUCUUGCAGACGGGCAAUCUCAGCGACAGGCUUCACGGUGCUUGGAGUCGUGAACAAGCUUCUCACUGUUGUGAUAAAUUUGGUCAUAUGGGAUAAGCAUUCCACCCUGCUGGGAACGAUUGGUCUACUAAUAUGCAUGUUUGGUGGUGUUCUCUACCAGCAGUCUACCACCAAGGCCAAGGCAGCCAGAAACGAAACCGAGGCCCCAAAUAAUGAUGAGGAGAAGCAGCAAUUGCUAGAAUUGCAAAAGAUGGAGACUGAUCUAACUGAAAAACAUGGUGUUUCAGGCUGCACUAAGAAGUAAGGGUGACACAAGGGAGUUUCAUGCAGGAUGGCACUUCCAAUAUGGUGACAAUCAUGAUAGCUAAAUGGUGGAAAUCCCAGAUUGUUUUGGGGGGAGAAAAGUGUAUGCAGACCCCCUUUAUUAGUUAAAAUUGGUUCUUUCAGUAGACAAAGAUUAGUUGUUUCAAUUUUUCUCAUGAUUAUAUUAUACAGGGACUCUGUAUCAAUUUUUUAAGCGAAAAGCAAUUAUUCUGCCUACUAGAAAUUAAUCUGAUUCUGUAAAUAAUAUGGACAAAAGAAUUUAGUUUGUGAAAUUUCAAAGGUGAUGCUAGACUGCGUAUUGUUA